UUGUAGAAUCUUAUUGUGAAAAUAUUUUUUGUCAUGGUUACAGCCAUUUUAAAUUUCCCCGCGCAACGGCUGUACAAUUAACAGUGAUAAGUAUCUUGUUAUCUUCAGUCGUAAGUUUAUUAGUUAUAAUGUUAUCAUUUUAUGACAUGACGAAAAUCACAACAUUUGGCUAAUUCAAAUUUCAAAAUAAAACAACCACAGGGCACAGACUAUAAUUAAUAUUUGCAUACACAUAGUUUGUGUAAUCCCGACUGCCAAGUACUGUGGCGAUGUGCUUUUUUUUUUAGUGCUAAAUUUAUAGUAUUUUUUUUAGUAAGUCUUUCAAGAAUCAAUUGUUUAACAUUAAAAAGGACCAACAUGGAUCAGUAUUUCGUAUUCAUACAGCAUGACUGGGAAGAAAGUGUUCGAUCAGUUGGUGGAAAAGCUUGGAUAUCUAUUAAACCAAAAGAUAUGGCAAGUAUAUAUGGUCACAUAGAAUGUUCAUCUUUUAAGCUAAAUGGGAUGCCUGUUCUUCAAGGAUCCAAUAGUUUUGAAGUAGAAUCUGUUACUGCUCUUGCUAUUCAAGUAAAACAUCCGUCUUGUGGUCUCGUUACUCUUCUAUCGCCUUAUAGAGUUUUUAACAGAAUACACAAAAAAAGUGUGACGUCAUUAGAUGUUGUCAAUGGCCAAUGUGUGUCUGCGUCAGAUAGUAUUUUGAAAGUUUGGAGUAGUUUAGACCUAGAGGAAAAAGAAAUAAAAAUGACCGGUCAUUAUGGUGACAUUUACUGUUGUCGCUGGUUUCCAAGUGUAGAGGUUGUUCUAAGUUGUGGAGCCGACCUCAGAAUUAAAAUUUGGAGUGCACAUACUGGUGAAUGUGCCAUGACUCUCCAAGGGCACACCAGUACUGUAACAGAUUUAGCUAUUGUGGAAAGGGGACGAAAUAUAAUUUCUGUGUCAAAGGAUGGGACUGCAAAGUUGUGGCAUGUAGCUAGUGGAAAAGUGUUAGAUAAUCUCAUUAAACUUGAUACAUCAAUAAAUUGUUGUUCAUUAAACAAACUAAAACACAGAAAUCUAGGCGAACGCAAAAUACCAACUACCGAAACAGAAGUUGGGACAGAUGACAAAGUAUUGUUUAUAGGUUGCGAAAAUGGAAUAUUAUCAAUGAUUGGAAUAUAUUCACGUGAAAUUAUAGUUAGUUCCAAGUUAGACGUUGCAGUUAAUGCUUGUCUUAUAAAUGACGACAGUCGUUUGUUUGCUGGGUGUAAUGAUGGUCGUGUACUCUUGCUAGAUGACAACUUGGUCACUUUAUACACAGUAAAUGAUACCACUUCUCCUGUCAAAUGUAUGUGCAUAUUUAAAGAUCGAAUUGUAUCUGGACAUGCUGAUGGAUCUUGUGUAGCGCGAUCAAAUAGUGGAAAAAAAACUUAUUUCACUGGCACUAAUUCCGAUUCAAUUUAUGAUGUGAAUACAGAUGGUCGGUUUUUAUACACUGCCUGUAGGGAUGGUAUUAUUAGAAAAUAUUUACCUGAACUUUUUACCUAAUUAAUAUAAACAAUUUCUUAUAAUGAUUGAGAUCAAUUAUAUAGUUGUAUGCAAUGUUUACUCCUUAUAUGCGUAAAAACAAUGAAGUUUUAUUUAAUUAUGUAGAUAAGGAAGAAGAGAUUUUUUAAAUAAUAAAUAUUAAAAAAUAUAUUGUUUCAAAAUUUAUUUAUCAACUUAAAAACAAAUAACAUUAUCUUAAUAAAUGAAGAAUGAUUUUUUUUUCUUUUCUUAUUUUGUCUUUACAAAAUUGUACGUAAGUUUCUUUUAUAAAAUGACUAUAAAUAACUCUGUUUAUUUAUAAUAAAUGUUAAAUUAUUACGGUGUGAGUAUUCCGCCUUAGAAACAAUAGGGAAUCUAUUCGAUUACAUAUAAAUACUUGUAUGUUUCUUAGGAGUGAUUGGGGUUUAAAGGGUGGGUGAGGGUAUUGUUCUGAAGGGAUUUUAUAUAAAAGGGAAAUGGGAAAGUUUAAGGAGGGGUUUAGGAGUUGACGAUGGCUGCGCCGAGUACGACCGUCGCGGGCUGGUGUACAUCAGGGUCGGUCGCUGUUGGCAGUGCAUCUACGCCCCGACGGUGCUCGUUAUGUCAGAGCGGAUUGGGUGUAGUCAGUGGCACAUUAGGCACAGUCGGUCGACCCUCCAGCUUGCUGUACUCUAACAGAAACUCCUUGGGAACUUUGCGCCAUGUGAGUGCGUCAAAUACAUAGUACGUGCCCCGUUCGUAUGUACUGGUUUUUUCAAUUAAACUUAAUCCAGGUGCUUGAGUGAUCCAUACUCGUUCUUCCAUGUGGUAACGCCAGUCUCGAGAAUAUCUAAGGUAAUAAUUUAUAUUACAUAAUGUAAAGCUUAUUAAAUAAAAAUGUUUUAGUAAUCAGGUAAUUACAAUUCAUUAGCUGCGGCUAAUUGUAUAGCAUCACCAAAAUUUGUGUAAAAUAAGUAGAAUAACAAAUCUUCUUUAUACCUCGACAACUUAAUUUGGGCUAACUUAUCCCUGAAAUAAAAACCCAAUAUUGAUAUCAUUACUUUAAUUAUGUUAUAUUUUAAUUUAAUACUAACCUUAUUCCAUGGUUAAUAAUAUAUUCAGGUGGUCCAUGGAACUCGACAUCCUGAGGUCGACAUGGAGAAUCUGCCCAAGGUCCAGCAAAUGUUGGGUAAAUAUUUUCUGGUGAGUUCAAGUUCAGUCCAAGUGCUGUUAGAUCUUGUCCAAGAGCCAAUGAUACCAGAUUGGGAUCAGAUUCAGCAGCUCUAAUAAAUGUUAAUAAACCAACAAUACCAAAUUGAUCUCUUACCAUACUACCUGGUAUGUUAGUCACUUUACCUAAAUAACAAAGAAAUGUUUACACGACAUUGUAAUAGGGAUUUAUAAUUACUCUUUAGUUAUAUAUAAGUAUGACCACAAACCAUCAGGUGAAGUUUGCACCCCUUUCUUGGUAGCUGAAUCUCCAUUUUCUUGGGAAUUGUUGUCCAUUUGGCUGUUCAAGUUGUUCAGUCUCUGAUCUGAUAGAUGGUCGGUGGAUGAUUGCAUACCAUUCUGAUCCAAUAAAUUGGUCGUUGAGCCAGUAGUUAUUGUAGAGGACUGUUGAUUGGGAUCUGUGGUCGAAGAAGA